CUUCCACGUGGGCUCGGGCUGCCAGAAUCCCCACAGCUUUGCACAGGCCAUCGCCGACAGCCGGCGCGUGUUCGAGAUGGGCCGUGGGGUCGGGCAUGACAUGAGCCUCCUGGACAUUGGAGGGGGCUUCCCCGGAGUGAAGGGCUCUGAGCCGGAGUUUGAGGAGAUGGCGAGAGUGAUCAAUGCUGCCCUGGCCCAGGACUUCCCCGAGGGGACCGGCAUGGAAGUCAUAGCGGAGCCAGGCCGCUUCUACGCGGCACCUGUCUGCGUGGCCGCUGUCAACAUCAUCGCCAAGAAGGCUGUGCUGCAGCCUGGAGGCCACCGGAAACUGUUGUACUAUCUCAACGAGGGCCACUAUGGCACCUUUCGCUCCUUCCUCAGAGAUCAUGUCCCCAGGAUGCCAAUUGUGGUGAAGGAGCUCUGCUCAAAGCCGCCUCUCUUCCCCUGCAUCCUUUAUGGCCCCACGUGCGAUGCCUUUGACAAGUUCUUCAACAAGGAGGUGCAGCUGCCUGAGCUGGACGUGGGUGACUGGCUCAUCUUCCCCUCCAUGGGCGCCUACAGUUCAGUCAUGAGCUCCACCUUCAAUGGCUUCCCGCCUGCGACCAUCUGCUACAUGAUGGGACCUGAGCUCAGGAGCCUGCUGGAGACAGCGCCUUAAGCCGGGACAUGGCAGAAUGGAGGGGUUCCAGA